AGCUAGUCGCACGUGGGAACGACGGUCGCCUUUGCCUAACUUGCACAAACCCCCCACCACUACCAAAUUUGUUGGUUCUUUUUUUCAUUUUUGCCCAGAUUGAAAAGUGUGUUGUAGCAUGUGUGCCAAAUUAGAAACAUGACCGGAAGAACAUUGUUUUCAUCAUUUCACUUGUCAUCUUUUUCGGAUUAGCAAUCAAACGUUCGUCGGAUCUUCGAUCGAAUCAAACCUGGAAAUUUCACUUCAACUUUUUCCAAGGUACGCAUGUAGUUGAAACCGUCGAAAGAGUCGAUUGGCAAUCGGAAAAAUGACUUCGAAUGGAGCUAGUGCCGGUGAAAUAGUGUCUUCUUCUAAAACAUCAUCGCGUGUGGUGGCCGGUAAGAGCAGUGCCGGAACCGGAAGCGGGCUAUCAUCAGCUGGUCGUGCCAUCCAACCGACUAAUAGCGACAGUGUCAACAAUAGCAGCAAGAGCACGCCGGAGAAGAGAAACUCUCCGGCGGCGUGCAGCAAUGGAGAGUCGCCUCGUAAACUUUUGCGGCGUCGCGGAGUGAAAACGGAAGAAGAAGACGAUGAGGAUUUAGUAGAAACUCCUCCCGAAGUUGUUGACGACUGUCCAAUAGAAGACGAACGAGGAGGAGGAAACGUCGACACGAUCUGCGAGGACGUUUCGGUGGCCGUGACGGGAAAAAAGAAUAUUCGCGGAAAAGUUUGGCGGGCCCGCAAUGGAGACUACGUCAGAUAUCUCUGCGUUGACGACGGAGCCGAUUAUCGUCCAGGAGAUGCCGCUUACAUAGAAAGCCAAUCAGCUGAUCAACCCUUUUUUAUCUGCACCAUCCAAGAAUUCCGGCGGAGCAAGCGGGACACCUUGAUGGUCAACAUUAAAUGGUACUAUCGACCCUGUGAAGUUCCGGAAACCGUCUAUCAGCUGCUGGUGCAGGACCGCAACACAGAACAAGGCAACAAGAUCUCGUUUCUCCAUGAUCCCGUGAUUAAAGGCCGCGAGCUGUUUAUAUCCGACGCCACUGAUACCUAUCCCGUUUCCCUGCUCAGAGGCGUGUGCCGAGUCCAGCAUUUCACUGACAUCCAGGGCGCUGAAAAGUUUUCGCCGUUCAAGGAUUCGUUUUUCUACAUUUUAGGCUACAAUCCAGAAACUCGCAGACUGGCGUCUACUCAGGGUGAAAUCCGGGUCGGGCCAUCCCAUCAGGCCCGGCUUCCGGAAUUGCGUGCCCAGUUGGGAUUGGACAAACGUCCCGAGAAAUGUGAAGAUUGGGAAGAGCCGCGUUGGGUGCCGCCACCUAACGCUCCCGGCGUGCGCGACGGUGACCUGAUCGUCUACAUCCAAGCUGCCCGUUCGGUGGCCGCCUUUGUCGGGAUGUGUGAUGGCGGAUCCCCAGACGACGGAUGCCUAGCCGCCUCCCGUGACGACACCACCAUCAACGCCAUGGACGUGCUGCACAAUUCCGGUUACGAUCUGGGUAAAGCGCUACAAACUCUGGCCAAGUGUCCCGUACCUAAAGGCAUCGACAAGAAAUGGUCGGAAGACGAAACGAAACGAUUCGUCAAGGGCCUGCGACAGUACGGCAAGAACUUUUUCCGCAUCCGCAAAGACCUUUUGCCCCACAAGGAUACGUCGGACUUGGUGGAAUUUUAUUACUUGUGGAAAAAAACUCCAGCCGCAGCUAAUCAGCGUCCUCAUCGUCGGCGUCAUCGGCAGAGCGUUCUCCGACGGAUUCGCACUACUCGCAACACAAGAGUCGCCAAGGAAGAACCCGGAGAUUUAAGCUCGGCCAGCGAGGAUGAUAAUUCUGAUGAAGACUCUGAUUCGAGAGAUUUAGCUGCCUACCACUGUCGUCACUGUUUCUCUACAUCAUCGAAAGAUUGGCAUCAUGCGGGCAAAGACAAGGCCCUCUUAUGUACGGAUUGUCGAGUGCACUUUAAGAAAUACGGCGAGCUUCCCCUGUUAAAAACUACUCAACAAGCGCAGGUCAGCGAGAGUGAGGCUCGCUCAGAGCCGCCGUACAUGUUUCGCCCCGUCCAAAAUCCUGACGAUGAAGAAGUGGAGGGCCGUGUUCGCACAAGAACACGCACGAAAGAAUUGAUGGGGGUACAGAACGCGCGGAAUCGACCCAAGCAAGACAGCGGUAACAACAGCCCGGAACCGGAGGGCAACGAGCGGCGAAGUCACCGCAAGUCGCCCAGCUCGGCCAGCAACUGUUCGUCAUCGUCUUCUUCGGUCGUGCAUGAGAAGGAUAAAGGCAAUAACGGCAACAAAGCCAAGUCGAUGGUGGAAAGUCCGAGCAAAGGGCACAAGAGACGCCACGGAGGCGGAGGAGCUGGUGGGGGCACUGCUGGUGGGGGCACCGGCGGUGAAGUGCCUGGCCCAGAUCGCGAGCAGGCCGGCAACGGCAACGAAGAUGAGCGUGGCCAACCCCGCCAGAAGAAGAAGAAGAACGACGCCAAUUCUGAGAGUCCGUCCGAGAGCGUCUCGAGCGAAAGCAGCUCACUGGAGGAUAAUGGCAUGGAUGGAUUGGACGGUGAAGUCGAUCAAGAUCUCGAACCGAGCGAAGCUCGUAGCGCUGGUUCCGGAUCCGCUGGCGGUGGCUCCCGAACCUCAUCUCCAGAAAUGCCGGCCGGCAAGAGCACCGAUGCAAAUGCGCCAGCCAUUGCCGAGCAAGUGGCUGCAUCCAACGAGUCCUCGUCCGCCAAUCCCAUUGCUACUUUGAACAACGCUUCUUCCGCCAUUUCUGCCUCAGCCACCAGCGCCGUGCUAGCCAAUGGAGUGGCAUCCAGCGAUGGGGCACCAGACGAAAAGGAGAGGAGCGACUCUCCUAGUCCCCUACACACAUUGGCUGGCCCUCGUCCAGGAAGCUUCGAGGCCGUGAAACCCAACCAAUCCGACGAUCUGCCACCCAUGGUCAAACUGGAACCGGAUUUCAAUCCGGCCACUGCCGGUUCGACAGCGAACGAAGAUAUGAAAAGUCGUCCGGCAGCGCUGUUGUCGCCCACUUUGCAAGACAAGGCAGUGACUUCUGGGGCCAUUGAGGGGGGCAACAAGAUGCCCACGCCGGCCUGGAUGGGCAAAGAAGAGAUGUCGCUCUCUUCGGGUUUCGGUGGCCCUUCCUCGCCCAAACUGCCGUCGCCGACCACGUCGUCCUCGUCUUUCCCACCUCCACUGGACAUGUCGAUCGCCACUGCCGACGGAGCCCUCAGGAAUGCCAAUAGCAGCGGCCCACCAGGGUCUGGUCUGCACUCGUCGCCUUUUAUGGUGCCGCCGGCUCAUUCCGGCUUCAUUCGACCCUACGCUCCGCUGGAAUCCACCUCAGCUAUGGUCGACGCGGUUCCUUAUGCGAUGGCCUCCCCCGCCCCUACGACGACAGCUAAUCAUCCGACUAUUGCUCCUGCAUUGGGACCGUUGAACCUGGGCCCGUUGCCCAUGUCGGCCCCGCGUGACAUGCCCGAACAGAGUGAACCGCACAACUUGAAAAUCAAACAGGAGAUGGUGGACCCGUCCGCAGUUUCGGCUUCUUCUUCUUCACCGGCUGUUUCUGCUGCCUCGUUGCGGGACAUGUCUUCCAUUCCACGAGAUGGAUCAAUGCCAUCCAUGGGAAGUGGAUUUGUAUCGUAUCCCCCCAGCGUCCCAAUGGCCUCUCUGAUGGAGCCCAAGCGCGAACCUGGACUUGCUCAUCCGCACCCGACGGCCUCUCCUCGGCUGGAGAAAUCGUCGAGUGGGAGCGGCCAGGGUGGAAGUUCCUCAAACAGCGGUUCCAAAUCGAGUCCUGCUAUCAAAAAAGCUUCUACUCCGACUCCGCAGCAGCACCAGCAUCAGCAACAACAGCAGCAGCAGCAACAACAACAGCAACAGCAACAAACGCCGGCGCAACCGCAGCAAUCUCAGCCGCCUCCACCUCCUCCACCGGCCCAUUCUUUGCCUUAUCCGCCCCAUUUCCUGCCUCACGGGUUGGGAUUGGGACCGCCUCAAGGGCUGCCUCUGUCACCGUAUCACCAGCCGGGAGCGCACGCCUAUUCUCCCUACUACCCGUACCCUUUUGCUUACCAUUACCCUCCUAUGCGGAUGCAUGCCCCUCCGCCGCCGGCCUCGGCUGGACCCCGACCUCAAUCACCGCCGUCGUUUGUUGUCGUCUCUUCUGGAUCGAGCAGCUUUCCUCCGUCCUCGGUGGCCAAUUACCACCAGAGUUCUCUGAGUUUGGGUAACUUCCACACCUCGCCUUCCGGGGUGGUUAAUCCGUUCGCGCCCAGUGUUUCGGGCGGAGGCAACGGAAACGGAAACGGCCCACUGGCGACGUCGAUGCACCCCUCACCUCCGGUCACGUCGACCUCGGCUUCGUCGUCUUCGGGUCACGGCGGUUUGGGCGGCGGUCGCCCUUACAACAACAACAAAGGGCCGUCUGAUGGGUCUCAAAUGGGGCCGUCGCAGCCGUCGCGAUCCCGCUCGCCGCCACCUUCUUCCUCGUCAGCCAUGGUCAAUGUUGGCUCCAUCAAUCCUGCGAAGCGAGGGCCGAGUCCGCCACCCAAACGACCGCAUCACCCAUCGUCAGCAGCCAUGCCCCCCAUGUCCCAUUCUAUGUCUUCGUCCUCGCCGUACUUGCCCAUUUUCUCGUCGCCGGCCUCGACGAGUGGCGGUCUCGGCAGCGGAUACCCUCCCACUUCAGGUUCGAUGCCGACCUACUCUGGCGUGGGGCCGGGUGGGCCCUUUGGUUUCGGCGGUCCGUCGCUGGCUGAUUUGCAAGCCAAAUCCGAGUCCCCCUGGAAUCAUCACCCUCAUCAUCCACACUCACUGCCUCUGCCGCUAUCGCAUCCGCAUCAUCAUCUCCAGCCGCGCUCGUCCACACCCAUCCAACCCGUGGCCUCGACUUCGACGCUAUCGCAUCCAGUUGCUGGGCUGACCUUGCCGUCGGUUUCGCCGACUGUUGGCAAUCACAUGAUGCCCGGAAUUGCUCCUCCACCGUCGGCCUCCUCGGUGGCGGCAGCCAUGUCGGCUGCCCACGACGAAGCCAACAACACCAUGCACGAGGACGUGGAUGAAGAUGCUCCCAGUCCGGUGGCCAACACCAUUCCGCGCGGACCGAGUCCCGAACCAAGAAUUGAAGAUUCCGAGUGCCAUCGCAGCCAAAGUGCCAUUUUCUUGCGUCACUGGAACCGCGGCGAAGGUAACUCCUGUGCUCGAACCGAUCUCACUUUUAAGCCGGUGCCCGAUUCCAAGUUGGCCCGGCGACGGGAAGAGCGUCUGCGGAGGCAAGCUGAACGCGAUCGUGAUGAAAGAGAAAAAGAGAAAGAAAGGGAAAGAGCUGCUGCUCACGCGCGGAAAGCUGCCACGCCGGAUAAGCGUGAAACACCCAAGCCUUCAACAUCUGGAGCUGGGCCUAUCGAGACCAUCACUUCUCCUGGCUUUGAUCGAUUUGGCCCCCGCCCAUAUCCUGACACUCCAGCUUUGCGUCAAUUAAGUGAGUACGCCCGACCUCACACAGGUUUUUCUCCGGGUGGAAUGCAACGAAACGUACCAAGUGGACUGGGACUCGGCCCGCCAGCCAUGGAUCCCAUGUUGCAUUAUCAGCUUGCUAGUAUGUAUGGUGCUGGAGCCCGAGAGCGUCUAGAACUGGAGCUGGAACGCGAGAAGCGAGAGCGGGAGCUCCGCGAACUCCGCGAGCGUGAGAUAUCGGAUCGUUUUAAAGAAGAGAUGCUUAAAAAUGGAGCCGGAAUGCCCCCUGGAAUGGGAAUGCCUGGUGGUCCUGGAGGUCUUGGACCGAGACUCUCCGGCCCUCUUGAUCCGCAUUGGCUCGAACUUCAUCGCAGAUAUGGUGGAAUGCCUGGUGGACCGCCUCCUGGUGCGGGAUUAGGUCCUCCUCCCGGUUUUAGUUUGUAUCAACUGGGAGGAAAUCCGAGUGGAGGCGGAGGCGGACUGAAUCCCAUGGAACGAGAACGACUCGAGCGUCUCGGUUUGCAGCUGCCCAGCGGCAUGGGGGGAUCGAUCGGCGGCCCUCCGGGAUCGGGUGGAGGCGGCGGAGGAGGUGGACCUGGAGAUCCCCGUUCGGAGGCCCAAGCGCGGGACCACCAAGCAGCGGUGGAUCGGCUGCAGGCGGAGCGCAUUCAUGCAGCCAUGGCGGACCAACUUCGACUUCAAAUGGCUGGUCUUAACCCCGAACUCCACACUCACGCUCACGCCCACACUCACAAUCACCUCCAUCUCCAUCCCUCAGGUCAAGACAUGCCACCGCCGCCGGGAUUCCCUCUCAACGCCGGAUAUCCCAGACCUCCGCCGGGAAUGCUACACCAAGACAGCGCGCUGGGACUGCACCCCGCAGCCGCUGCUGCCAUGCUGGGUCGUCCCUACGACGAACAGUUUGCUCGGCAGUUUGCAGCCGAACAGCAGCUCCAGCGGCAGAUGAUGGAGCAGCGAUUCCCUCACCCCGGUGCUCCACCCUCUGGCCCGCCGUCUGGUCCUUCCCUACAUCCCCAUGCUCAUCCCAAUAUUGUUGCUCAACACGAAGAGUACAUUAGGCAACAGCAACAACGUGAGAGAGAGAUGAAGGUGCGAGCCAUCGAAGAAGCUGCACGUGGGGGUCGACCUUAGUUGGAGAUCUUGAACGCCGAAAAUGAAUUUAAAACAAUAUUGUCCUUUUCUCGCGCUUUUCAUCCCUUUUUAAAAACGAUGGCUUUUAAAAGCAACAAAAAGCAUGUUUUUUUAUUGUUUUUUUUUUUUUUUUUUUCCUUUUUUUUAAAUUUCUUUUCUCAUUUCCUUUGUGUACAUACUACCCUAACAAGUUUUGCUAUCGUUUGACAUUUUAAAGUAGUAACUGGCAAUGCUAUUAAGAGUGGAGUCCCACUGGUGUUUGAGCCAAUCUCCCUCCUCUCUCCACAUCUUGAAAUUCUCGUGUUCUUGUACUAUUGCGUGUGCAACUACAGUAAUAAAUAUGAAGAGAUUUUCUCUUA